GUUUCCCUUUUCCAAAAUGGCUUCUCUCAGUAGAAGAAGACUAAUCUUAGAGAAAGCAUUGGCCACUGCAGAUUCAGUCUCCUCUUACUUGGCUCUUGGGCUGGCCCUGCUGAUGCUGAUGAGUUCGGUGUGGGAGCCAAGUUCGGCCGUUGAGGCUCGAGAGGCCAUCCAUGGUGCGAAGCUAGACGCCGGCGGGCAUCGGCCGUGCGAUGAAUUAUAUGUGGUGGGAGAAGGAGAGACACUUCAUACCAUUAGUGCAAAGUGUGAAGACCCUUACAUCGUCGAGCGAAAUCCACAUGUCAACGAUCCUGAUGAUGUCUACCCUGGCCUUGUGCUUCAGAUCAUCCCCUCAAGGCCCAAGUAGGAAGAAGGAAGUUGAAUUGCCGGUUAUGCAUUUACUAUCUUGAAUUAAAUCUUUAUAUAAAAGGGGAGAUAAAUUGUAUAUUAGAUUAGAAUAGCUCAUAGUUUUUGUUAUGUGCUUAUUUAUCGUUUAUCUGUAACUGAUUUAUUAUGUGGUGAAAAUUCAUCACACAAAAGAUUGUAAGAUGCGCUAGUUCGCUAAGGAAAUUGCUAUUUAAGCUAAAGAGUAAAGAACAAAA